CACAACUUACCACUCGAACUCACAGAAUACUAUUGUCCACCGAUACAGUACUCUACAAUAAUCCACCCUACUCCUGCAGCCAAACUAUAGCCAGUCACCUUGUGCAGGAGAAACCCCCUUGGACUUCCAGCUUCAACUCAGUCGCCCGGGUAUCUUAUGUUACAAGUGCUCCACGCGGAAACCACUUGGGCGGUCCCAGGAAUACCUGCGCCAUCAUCAACGCCAGACACUGCUGUACAGUACUCGUACAGUACCGGUACCAGUAUGGCUAAAUGCCGUGGUGGCCCAAGGGUCACGAACCCCCAAGAAUUGUUUCUCAUGCCGCUGUUCACUUCGAGACGUUAAGUGAGGGUCCGAGGCAUUCUGCCCACUCCCAUAGGCCAGCAGAACAACGAAUAGUCUACCGAUCUGCAUGCUCAGCGCUCGCCCCAUCGCAGACCACACCCCGCAUGACCAGGAUCCCAGUCCUGCAGCAGCACAUUCGAUAUCCGUCCAAUGAGCGAUAGACUUGGAAAAAUCGCCUUCCUGCCUGCUCCCAGCGAGAAAGGAUACUGUAGCAACCACCUCUCAGCACCCAGAGAACUAGCCGUCCAGUACUCGUAGGUAACUCGAGAAACUGCUUUAAGAGGCCUACAGCCCAAAGGUGGAGAUGGCAUUACUGAAUUUUUCUCGGGUGAGUCUGGAUGUGGACUGGAAUCAGACUCUUGGCCCGCAAACCUAGCUUUCGGCCAGGAAUGACGUCAGUGUCUUGGCGCUGGUCUCUCUGCUUCCAUUGACAAUUAUCUACCUGCACUCUACCCGAAUGGAAUAUUAGUUAAAGUCGCUACAAUACGAGUAGAUGCACCCUCUUGGCAGGGUCUUUGUUCGCCUUGCACUUCUCACCCCGAGACCAUUGGAGCCCCAUUUCUUUAUCUCCAGUACUCUAGCCCUGUUUCUCCCUUCUUCCUCCACUAACUUUGGUUGCCUAUUUCGUCCUUUUUACUAGAAAGAAAAAUCAUUCCUCUUUCCGUCCCGAAACAAGCAAAUCAAAAUGAGUACGACAUUCACGAGCCUACCUUCCCCGCCCCAAUAUCCUCCUUCCUCCACCUACUCAGAAGCUUCGUCGGGCCCGUCAACGCCCAUGUCUGGUAUCUCCACAGUAGCGAUCAAAGACGGCCACGAAGGCAACCGCCCAGGCACCGACGCGAACUCCCUUGCUGCCGAUCGUCUCGCACGGCUUGGGGCAUGUACCGGAGGCGGGUACUUCGAUACGCUACCAACUCCCCGUGCGGGUUCUGCUGCCAGUAAUGCUGGAGGAAGAUUAACGCCCUUGACACCUUACUCGCCGCACCCUUCUCAUGGAAGUUACACCAGCGCACCGAGUGAUAAGGAGCCCUUGAUGCAGAGCAGAAAUAGCCCCGCGAGCAGCACGACCACCAGUUCUGUUGCCGAAGCGAGGAAGGAAGCGAGACUCAUCGGCGGCAUGACAUAUGACGACAGUGUCAUUGACACUACGAACAGGAGCCCUAUUCCUGUAUUGAACAGGGCGGACACUGAGGAGGCCGAGCCAGAGAGGCGAAAGGGGUUGAAGCGGGAGAGGAAGGCAGAGAUGGGGAAUGGUGUGAAAAGCAGAGUAUAAAUUUAUGAAUUGCUGACGAUAUGGUGUCUGUCUUGAUGACGGCACAAAGUUGUUGCGGUUUUCCUUUCAUAUUACCAAGUCUGGGGGCUUUCAUUCGUGUUCAACGAGGCUUUUGAUAUUGAUUUCCCCCUUCAUAAAGAAUUUCCUCUCAAGUCUUUCCUCAUGACUAUGUUCCAUUGUUUUCCCUUCAUUUCCCUGAAGUUCAAAAACUGGGGAAUCUAAUUGGCGGUUCCAGUCGAGUCUUGAACGCUCCCAGGGCUGUUAUAUUUCUUCAUAACUUAUGAUACGGCAGGCAGCUUUCCUUCGACAUGAGUCUCUUUGACACUUUCACUAGCUGGGCUUUGAGGGCUCGGUUUCAAGGAUAUGAUUGUGUUUUUGUACCUUAUCCGCCGAGUCUUCCAACUGGAUGAUCUGGUGGCGUUUCUUCAAUCAAUCAAACUUUGUUUUAUGAUCACGACUUUUUGUUAGCGCCAAAGCUCAUUCACCCGAA